AUGGACGAAGGCAAGACCUACGUAAAUGUGAAGUUCGGAGAAACGAAUGCACAGUCUCCUUCCAACGACGGUCUGACCGCCACCUACGCAGAGCUGAACUUUUCGAAAGACGAAACCCUCAUUGCUGAGUCUGAGGAUCACCGCAACGCCUCGCGGCCCGGCGAGCAGCCAAUCACUGCACAGACAGUGUCACAGAUUCAUCAGUCUAAGGUCACCUCUGACCGAAACUACCAUAAGUUAAAAUCAACCCUUCAAUCCAAGCUCUCCGCAUUCAACUGUAAUCGGUCCAUUCUCCGUAACCAGUUCACUGAGAUGGAAACGAAGUACAGAUCUGUCAAUGAGACCAAAGCUCAAAUCUGUGAAUUAUUGACCAUCAGAAGAGAGCAAACGUUUUCCCAGGAAUGGAUCAGAAAUGAAGACGGGUGUUAUUUUAUAUCCACGUUUAAAUAUUACUACAAAGAGGCGAAAGAGUAUUGUUUGAGCACUGAUUCUAAACUUCUUGAAAUAAAUUCAGCGGAAGAAGAGAUUUUUAUUAGCAAAGCUGUCCACGACCAAGGCAUUUCAUAUUGGAUUGGAAAAUGCAAAGACGGAGAAGUGGCUUCGAAUGCCUUGGGCCGGAUUAACGGUGGAGAUUUUGAAUGCGGUAAAUGUACACCGUACAGUGAGAAUAAACCUUGCGAUCAGGUUCGUACCCGCUUCAUCUGUGAGAAGUCUGCACCUUUGUGCCCGGAUAUUUCUGAAAAGAUCCAGGGUCUCUGUCACCAACCAGUGGGACCGAAUUAAAUAUAAUGAUAAAACCCUCUUUCUCCUCCAUUUCUCUUAACCACUCUCACUACCCUUUCCGCGCCGCUGCCCCUCACACUUACCAUAUCCUGCUCUUUCCUUCUAUCACAAUCUUAGUCACCAUCUUACCCUCUCUGUAUCCUCGUCCGUCUAAAGACUCCCCCUCAGCCUUCUCCACUCCCGCUUCCUCUGUUUCAUCCCCGUUUUCUUCACCCUGGUUUCUUGCCUCCCUCUCCCCCAAUUCCCGCUUCCGUUCCCGGUCUCUCCCUAGAUUCUCUCCUCCGUCUGUACCCAUCUCCCCAUUCCCAUUGUGUCUCUUUUGUCUACCCAAACUCGCUCCACGCUUCUAUCUUUAGCUACUCUCGCCUCAAUCAUGUGCGUUAAUGUUCUCGAUACCCCAGUGCGAGGGAAAUAGAGAGCGCGCAUUCGCCGUAUCUGUGUCCCCCGUGACUUUGUACACCUCUGUAAGGUCACCGAAAAAAGUCACAGAAUUCCCAACCUCGCUCCAUAUCUCAGUCCCUCCUCUCCCGGUAGCAUCCUCGGAAAUCUCCCAGUGCAAUCAUUCCAGUUCGUUGAGAUUUCUCUUAGAGCAAGGCAAGCAGAACUGAACUCCAUACUCCAAGUGCGGCCUGACCGACGUCAUCUGCAACUGCAACGUGACCUCCGACUCCCGGACUCAGUGUCCUGACGGAUGAAGGCCAGCGUGUCAAAUGUCCUGUCCACCUGUAUCGCAUCUUUCCUACCGGAUUCAUGGUCUGUUUUAUUAUCUGUGAC